AUGCCCAAGCACAUCGCCAUCGUUGGAGCAGGACCAUCUGGUCUAAGCCUCGCGGCUCUGCUGCAACACCACUCGAUCCCCUUUACCAUUUUUGAGCGAGAAAAGUCUACCAGCUCUCGUUUCCAAGGUGGUUCUCUUGACCUUCAUCCAGAGUCCGGCCAAGCAGCUUUGUUCGAAGCUGGUCUUGAGGAGCAGUUCAAAAAGUACGCACGCUAUCAUGACCAGGACUAUCGUUUUGGCGACAAAAAAGCUGUUACUUGGUUAUUCCACAAAGCAACCGCUGAUGCCGACGGACGCCCAGAAAUAGACCGCGCAAAGCUUCGCAAGAUUCUUAUUGAGUCCCUCGACCCAGAGAAUAUUAAGUGGGAUCACCGACUCUCGGACAUUGUUCCGCAAGAGAGUGGCCGGGUUAAGUUGGUUUUUGAGAAUCAGCCUGAACCUGUUGUGACUGAUCUUCUUGUGGGGGCUGAUGGAACCUGGUCCAAGUAUACUGGUCUCGCGGUCAUUGACUGUCGUAUAUCCGACGUGGACAAGAGAUUUCCCGAGCUUGGAGAGUUCAUUGGCCGUGGCACUUCCUUCUUUCUGUCUGAAGGCAGUGGGAUUUUUAUCCAGCGCAAUGGAGAUGACAGCGUGAGAGUCUACCCCUGUCUUCGAGUCGAAGAGAACUGGCACUCAAAGGACCCCUCCUACGACUGGAAUGAUGCGAGGAAAAUGACCGACUACCUGAUUGAUAACUUCUUUUCAACUUGGGAUCCGCGUCUCCAAGAUGUCAUUCGCAAUGUCGACACGAACAUGACUCCCCGCGCGCAGUAUCGUAUGCCAUUGGGUCUUCGCUACGACCACCAUCCGGGAUUGACUCUGAUCGGAGACUCUCUCCAUGUCAUGUCAUGGUUUGCUGGAGAGGGUGCAAACUUGGCCAUGCUGGACGCUCUCGACCUUUUCCACGAAAUUCAGGCGAGUCCCGAUGAUUUGGAUCUUGCUGUCCGUCGCUAUGAGAAAAAGGUGGUGGCCACUGGACGAGCGGAUAACACAAACGAAAUGUCGCAGGACCUGCUUGUUAAGGCUAUGUCAGAUGAUGCUCCUCGAGCCUAUGUUGAAGGAAUGGCUAAGGCGAUGGAUGUUUGGUUCACUGACGGGAAGCUGUUGGACAAGAUUGACCGAGAGACAUUGUUUGAUAACUAA